AUGGAGCUGUUGAGCACAGCCCCUUCCUCUUCCUCGACUCGGACAGCUCCGAGAAUCAAGAGCGCGACCACCUCAGAGGCGACCUCUACUACAACACCGCCGCAGGGGCAGAGGGGACGGCCAGAGAAAAAGGAGAGGUUGUGCAAGUGGUUUGCGAAGUCGGAUGAAGGCUGCCGUCGAGGAGCAGAGUGCCAGUUUCAGCACGAUUGGGGAACCACACCGAAGACUGGGAGAUGCCUUACGUGUUCGGCGGUUGGUCACCAACGAAAGGAUUGCCCGACUAAGAAGGCUGGAGACACGGCCCAGCAGUCUCCAACAGCAGGCUCUGCAAAGGGCAAGGGGAAAGGAGAAAAGGGCUCAGGCGCGUCGUCGACUUCAUCAACUACUCCUACGCCGCCAGCAACAAGGUCGUUAGCUACGGGAAGCCCGCCGAAGGAAACGCCGCAGCCCGGCCCGGAACCGUCACCGGCAGGAAGCCCAUCAAGCACCUCGAAGGAUCCCCCGGGUGACCUUCAGCAGAUCCUGACAGACGCCCAUCAGAUGCUGAAGACGAUGAUGGCGACUACGACUCCGGCGACUACCUCCACUACGACCGGGGCACCGACGUAUGAGUCGAUUCAGCGCCAGCUUGACGAGAUGAAGCUGAAGGCGUUGAAGGUGUGUGCCCCGAGAGCAGAUGAAGAAGAACGGCGGGGAGCUCUCUUGGAUUCUGGAGCAACCCACGUGUUGAGACCCGCCAAAGACGAGCACGAGCACCUCACGAGCAAGGAGGUGCCGGUGGUUUUGGCGGGAGAUGAACAACGUCUUCUACGACAAACCCCCGCAGGGAGCAUCAUCCUCAACCCGAGCCAAGGAGAGGAAGCACAAACGAUAAUACCCCUGGGGAAACUCGUUGAGUCUCUUGGCUGUGUUUUGAGGUGGACCCGCGGAGGACUAUUGUUGAAGCACCCAAGGUACGGGACUAUCCGUACGAGGAUUCGCGCUGGUUGCCCGGAGAUUGUGGACUCAGUGCAGGCUGCCAUGUUGAUCUCCGAGCUAGAGUCGCGGAAGCUUGAUGAGCUACGACAGAAAACUGCAGACCUUCAGGACCGCCUCAACGCGAUCAAGAUGAUGGAGGUGAGGAAUGAGGACUGGAGGCAUGAUUUGGCUGCCUAUGCUCAGGAGGGGUGUGUUGUGGAUGGUUUGCAGGCCCUCUACAAGUCCCCGAUCUUCAAGAACCUCCCCGAGGAUGUUCUGAUGGGCAUGGUCCCGCACGUGCAAGGAGACGACAAAGAAGGUUGGGAGUACCUGAAGGCCCUUCCGGUGUCAAGGAGGAUUCGAAAGAAGCUUUUGCGGUCAAGGGCGUGGGUGCUCAACCUCUACGGGGGCCGGAACCUGAAACAGGACCCGGUGCAGUCUGUGAAUGGGCAGAUAAACCCGGAUACGAACUCCGAGGUGGUGGUCGUGAACGUCGAGAUCCUCUUGGACGGUGGUUGGAGCGUGCGGGGCAAGGCCUACAAGGCGCUGAUGUGGGCGGCAAUGACCUCUCGGAUCAAGGCUGUGGUGGGAACCCCGCCAGUGAAGACGUUUGAGUCUCGACCUUAUGUGGACCCCAAGGGGCCAAAGCCUUGGAGAACAGUGGAAGAGCCCUACGGAGUUCCGGGGCUAAACCCUACGGAGGCCUUCUAUGUGAACAAGGAGACCUCUUUGGUUGCCAGACAGCUUCUUCUCUACCUGGUGGCGCAUGCGUGUUCAAAAGGGAAGCAAGUUGGUUGGAUGAUGAGUGCUCCUGGAGAUCCAACCGAGGUGGCGGAACUCUGUGAGGGAGUGAGCCUUUGGCAGACACCAAUGGUCAAGGAGUUUUUGGAGGUGGUUGGACCGUUGGGAGCGUCCAUGACUACGGUUGGAGUGGCAGGAGAUGAAGAAAGAAAAGGCCCGGCGCUCACGGUUAGUAGCAACCUUGGCGUGGGCGAGUUGAUGAAGCCCGGCGAGGAGGCUGCUACUUCGUCCUUCGCGACUUGGGGCGAGGCAAUGGCGAGAACGAGGAGAUCGGUGGCUACGGCAUUGAGAACCUCCGGGGUGGCAUCUACAAUGGUGUGGGAGCCGCAAGGAGAACUGCGGAAGCUCUCGGCGGAACAAGGGUGGAAGCUGCAUGUGCAACGAGACCAUGUACCGUUUCGCAAGGAUUGUGAGUAUUGCGUGAUGAUGAUGGGGUCCGGAAAGCAACACAGGCGCACGCGGCAGAAAAGCGCUUACGUCCUGAGCGUUGAUGUCGGUGGCCCCAUGAGGAUCAGGAGCAAAGACAGUCACGGGAGAGGGUAUCGCUAUUUCCUUGCAGCAUCCUAUUCCAAGCCAAGGUUUCCAGAUCAAGAGCCGCCUCCAGAGCCCGACCCCAGCGACUUGGCAUCGCUGGAGUACGACUUCACCGACUUGGAGCUUGAGGGGGUGAUAGGCGAGCCGUUGGACGAGGAGGGGCAACGAGCGUUGCUCGAAUCGGAGCUGGCAGACAUCGAGCUCUCGGAAGCCGAGGCGGAUGAGCAGCUAGCGCCGGAGAUCAGAGCGAUGAAGGCAGCGGACAAGUUGUGGGACGAUGAUGAGUUAGCAGCCGAAGAGCAAGCAAAGGUAGCGGCUGAAGAAGAGCCGCUGGAAGGGAACCAUGAGAUACCGAUGGAUCAUAUCUACUUCAUGAAGCCCCUCAAAACGAAGACCGGAAAGGAAGUCAUGAGAGCGAUCCAAGAAGUGGUUCUACAGCUACGACAAGAAAAUCUGCCAGUACUCCGUAUUCACUCAGACCGCGCCCAUGAAAUGAGGUCCCCGGCGUUGAGAGCUUGGACGCUAGACAACAAUAUCUGGCUCACCCGAACUGAAGGCCAAGCACCGCAAAGCAAUGGCUCGGCAGAAAGGGCAGUGCGCUUCUUAAAGGGGCGAGCACGGAUGUUGUUGAAGGCGGCGGGGUUGGGAACGGAGCACUGGGCUACAGCAAUGGAAGCAGCAGCUCAUCGACAACGAGAGGAAAGACUUCGACCAGAAGAUCCGCAAGUUCCUUGUCCCUAUGGAACCCGUGUGGCUAUCAAGAAGAAGCGGUACGGGGAUGGAGGACGACAUGAUCUACUACCUCAUUGGACAAAGGGAACCUACAUGGGACCGGUGUGGGAUGUCAAUGGAGGGUCGGUGAUUUUGGAAGAUGAAAGCAACCGGUUCACAGUGACGACCCACCUUCGAGCCCGGUUACAUGAUCCUGGAACCCUGAAGAAUGAGGAGGAGGUUGAAGUGCUCCCCUUGAGGCCCGCAAGGAGACUGCGUGGGAAAGGGCCCAUAGGGCCCGACGGCGUUGCGGUGCGAAGCCUGGAAGGGGAAGAUCGUGGCAGAGCUCGAGCGGACUUGGUGGAGGAGAUCAUUGCCCUCAUGGCAAAGGACCCCGUGCACAAAGUGAAGAGACCCCAGUUGGCCAACAGUGAGGCAGAGCGCGAGGGCACGAGCUAUUCCACCGUUGGUGCCUACAACUUUGGGGGGAAGUUCGGGGUUACGAAGUACACCGAGGAAGCCCAGGAGCUCACGGCAAAGGUCACCCAGCUGCUCAGGCAUGAUUUCCCAGGUGAAGUUUUCACUUCGGCUACCAUAGUCAAGAACGCGGCAAUGCCCACCCAUAAGGACUCCUUCAACGAGCGGCACUCCUACAACCUGAUUUCCCCGUUGAAGGUGACGAAGGGCGCAGGUGUAUGGGAGGAGAUGCAAGCUGGAGACGUGUUCAAGGGGAAGUACCACUCCAUGGAUGUCAACGGCAAGGAAGUACCCGGCCAAAUUCAUCCCUUGACCGGACCAGUGCGAGUGAACCCUCGAAGGUGGCACAGCCCAGUUCAGGGAACUGAAGGCCCUCGCCUUCUGAUUGCGGGACACACUAUCAACUCGUGGAGGAAGCUCACAAGCGAUAUGCGUGAAGCGCUCUUCGAGAAUGGGUUCGUGCUCCCGGAUGAGGAACACUUCGAGGCACAGCUCAAGGCCUUGAAAGAGCAGGCGGAGGUGAUGAAGGACGUCGAGUACGAGGCCAAUGAAGAAGACUUCGUCAUGACUGGUGAGUCAAGAGACUCGGUGGUGGAGGUUGACGAAGACAUCAAGAGGCUUGGCAUUGCGGAGGCCUCGCGUAACAGAUGGAGUGCGUGCACUGGGGAUGUGGUCAGUGCCUUUCUAAGGGCACCUGUUCCCGCGGGAACAAAGCUGGCGCUGCGACCGCCGGCAGCGUUGGUCAAGGCUGGCUUAGCAGAACCCGACGAGAUUUGGGUAGUGCAAACUGCCCUCUACGGCUUCAGAUCCUCGCCACGCUGGUGGAGCACCCAUAGAACUCAGAAGAUGCGCGAGGCCAAGACCAAGGCUGGCCUCACGUUUGUUCAAGGGCAAGCCGAUGCGGAUGUAUGGCAAAUCAAGGGCCCUGAUCAUAAAACCACGGUGGGGCUGAUGAUCGUCUACGUGGACGACUUCUUGAUCCUGGGACCAAGGUGGGUUACUGAUGAAGCCUAUGAGUGGAUGGCUUCGACGUGGGAGGUGACUCCAUGCCAAUAUGCUACGCCGACCUCUUCUGUUAGAUUCUUGGGAAUGGAAAUCAAGCAGGAGGAAGACAGCAAAGGCGAGAUCACCGGCUACUCCCUGGAUCAGGAGGGGUAUAUCGAGGAGAUUUUGCGUCAACAUGGAGUGGGGCCUAACGAGAAGUCCUUGCUACCGGCAGCGAAGGAGUGGAUGUCUCUGGACCCCACCGGGUUUCCCACCACCUACAGUCAGGAUCAGCUGAGGGCGGCUCAGUCGAUCACGGGAGAGCUGGCAUGGCUUGCGCAACGAUGCAGGCCAGACCUGUCCUACACGGUGAGUGCGAUGGGAAGCCUCACCACAAAAGACCCCGAGAGGGUAACGACCAUAGGUCGAAAGGCCCUCGCCUACCUCAACGCGACCAAGCAGUGGAAGCUGAUGUUCAAUGCUGGAGGGCGCCCGGAGCUGGUGACCUACACGGACAGCAGCUACUCACCCGACGGUGAACGAAGCCAUGGAGGAGCGGUAGUGUUUUGGGCUGGUUCCCCGGUGGCGUGGAAGAGCAGCCGACAGUCGCUGGUCACCACCAGCAGUGCCGAGACCGAGCUGCUAGCGGCCUCCGAGGGCGCUACCCUCACCUACUCGAUUGAUGCCAUGCUUUCGGAUGUGGGUGUGUUUCCGUCGUCAAGAGAAAUAAGAGUCGACAACUCAGCGGCCAUCACGCUGGCCUCUGAAGAAGGAGGGAGUUGGCGCACGAGGCACUUGAAAGUCAGGGCAGCAGCGCUCAGGCAAAGGAUUCAGGAGGGCUGGGCAAACAUUGCCUAUUGUCCAGGCGAGUGGCAGCUUGCAGAUGGGCUCACAAAAAUCUUAGCCUCGAAGCGCAUGGAUAUGCUGAUGCAGAAGUGGGGACUCGGCAACAAGGAUGAUCUACCACGAGGAGAAGACGCUAACCCGGGAGUACGGCGUCUACAAGCAGAAGCAGAAAGAACUGAAGCCGCAGCGGAACCGCAGCAACAGGCAGCCACAAGCACACAGCAGCCGCAACCAGCAGCAUUACAGCAUAUCAACAACACCACCACCACAGCCCACGGGAAGGAUCUGGGUUGCUGUAUGGGUCUAUUGGUGUUAGCUCAGUGGUUUGUAAGCGUUCAAGGUCAUAGAGUUCCAGAAAACGACCCUCUUCCGGAGCCGUUGUCGCUGAAUAGCCCCUGGGAGCUGUAUGUGCUAGUCACAAUGCUGGUGAUUUGUGCUGUUGCAAUCUGGGAGGGAUGCAAGGGCGCUAUGAGGAGCAGAAGUGACGUGGUGCGCCUAAGGAGCUUUGCAGGCGAGCAUGAUCGUCAACGGCUAACCAAGGUUGAGCUGAGGACAUUGAGUGCUUUGCUGCAGAGAGAUCCAGACUCUCUCACUACGGAAGAGAGACAGGAUCUUAUCCAUUUGGCAGGCUUGUGCGGCUCAGAUGUUUCCGAAGCUGUGGGGAUGAAUGUGACUUCUGCAGAACCUCGGCGAGCAAGGAAACCUGUUUUCGAGGCUACAUGUUCAGCUGGGAUUCGGCCACCGGAUGAGGAGACGUAUGGCGGGCCGAUAGUUCCCGAAGCUGAGCCCACGAGAUCUACGAGGAAAAGUUCAAAGAUUUCAGCUCCAAUGUCGAGCUGGGAAGACCCCGCAUGGACCGAGAGGCCCCCGCUGGCUCGGCGUCCGGCGAGGUCUCCGGAGCCUCGCAUGUGCGACGCGGCGAUACAGUGCGAGCUUUUGGGAGAUAUUCCCAAAAAGGUGUACAUGACGCCAAGGGGAACCUGCGUUCAUGCCUCAAGGUCGUGCUCAACCUUGAAUUGUUCGACACGGUUCCAAGAGCGCGACGUGUGUCAAAGGUGCAUUCGAGGCCAGAGAGAGGAGACCGAGCACCGUGGCUCGGACUGGCUGAGAUAA